CCCCACAUUCCCCAUGCCUGGUCUCAUGGGGUUGGUUCAGAGCCUGCCCCGAUGGCAUCAUCCUCAUCCUCCUCAGAUCCUGGCUCCUCCUCCAAGAAACCUCUGGGCAAAAUGGCUGACUGGUUCAGGAAGACCCUGUCGAAGAAGUCCAAGAAGAUGCCCAGCUCCCCAAAAAGCACCCCCAGAAAGCAGCCAACCUCUGAGGAUGGAACCACAGUUCAGGACCUGCGAUCUGCCGCCACAAGCACCCCCGAGGCCUCUUCCAGCCCCAGCAGCAGCCGCUGGAGCAGAGACUAUGACAUCUGUGUGUGCCACAGCGAGGAGGACUUGAGCGCCGCCCAGGAGCUGGUCUCCUACCUGGAGAGCGGCCCUGGCAGCCUGCGUUGCUUCCUGCAGCUCCGAGAUGCCACCCCAGGCAGUGCCAUCGUGUCUGAGCUGUGCCAGGCUCUGAGCGGCAGCCACUGUCGUGUGCUGCUCAUCACCCCCAGCUUCCUCCUUGACCCCUGGUGCAAGUAUCAGAUGUUGCAGGCCCUGAGCCAGGCACCCAGCUCUGAGGGACGCAUCAUCCCGCUGUUGGCUGGCAUCAGCCGCGACGCCUGCCCUGCUGAGCUGCGCUUCAUGUACUUCGUGGACGGUCGGGGGCCUGACAAGGGCUUCCGCCAAGUCAGGGAGGCUGUCCUGCGGUAUCUGCAGACACUCAGUUGACACCUGACACACCAGAGGACGCUAAGAGUGGCAUGAAGCUGGGGUCAGUGCAGUGGGCUGUGGCCACCAGAAGAGAAGAAUAAGCUCUUUGGUUUCCUGUGACUGGGUACACAAAGGCUGCCUAUUGGGGUUCCAUCAUGGCAGGUGCCCCAAGAUGGGCCUGGAGCUCUCAGGGGAUCCCCCAGAAGGCCAUGGGGAUCUGGGGACUCCCCCAACCCCGGAAGGCCUUGAGAAAGCUGGGGAUUCCCCAAGGAAGUUAAAGGAGAACAGCCAGAUGUCAGGGUAGGUGGUG